UUCCACACACGCGGAGGAAUGUUUUCGAUAGAACCGGGAUUAAGUCGACACCGAGGUGACGAGAGCGGGGCUUCGGAUAGCUGAGCUGCGGAGAGCGGGGAACCUGCUGUGUGACGGAGGUGUCACCAGAACGUACGUCCAUGAGGGAGACAAAGUCACCCUUCACUGUUCAUUUGGAGGAAGCCUUCAGAACACGGUGGUAGACUGGAAGAACCAAGAUAGUAAAGAAGUGUUCCUCUACGACCGAGGCUGGCACUUCGAGAACGGGCGGUGCUGUCAGGACGAGCAGUACAGAGAAAGAGCGUCACUUUUCUACGGCGAGCUGAAGAACGGAAACGCAUCCAUGAUCCUCAGAGACACGAGGAUUGAAGACACGGGGAAUUACACCUGUGUCCUUCCACAUGUGAGUUCCAGAGGACAAAGAUCCACAACUGAGCUCAUUGUCGAACUGGUCUACAAAAACAGAUUUGGACUUAAAAAAGGAGCCGUUCAUGCACCAUACCUCAAGAUUGUUGGUGUGUCAGAGGCCGGCGUGGAGCUCCAGUGUGUGGUCAGAGGUUCUUCAUCAAAGCCGAGUGUAGAGUGGCAGACGUGUGAAGGAACCUCUCUUAAUUCAGAGGAGCCACUGGUCUCUGAGACACGAGGCCGUUACGACACCACGCUCCUCGUCACUGUGAACGAGACGAAGACCAACUGCUUCCGCUGCGUGGUCAAACAGGAAGACAUUUACCACAGGAUUGAUGAUGACAUCGUCGUGCCAGAGAAACUCUUUGAGAAAAAUUCUUCCCACAAAACUCGUGAUCUCGUUGCUCGUGGCAACAAUAGCGGUCAUGGCUGUGAUACAGGUGCGCUCGUGGGUAUGUGGGUUUUUGGAGCCGCCGUCGUCGUCGUUGCUUUACUCGGGGCUCUGACUCUGUGUUGGCUCAGAAGGCGCAACACAAGACGCAGGAGAAGAGGAGCAGCGCAGGCCAACGCCUCAGGUGAUCGUGACGGUGAUGCGGUGGAGCAGGAGCCGGGCAGGAUGUCCCGUCACGGUUCAGCUAAAUCAGGAACAAGUACAAACUCCAGAUCCAGUUACUGUAAUGUAUCCAGUAACCGCAGCUCUCCUCCUCCCUCCCCUGCACCUCGAUCCACCUCAGGGUUCCCACCCCCUACCAGUCCACUGGUCCUAUCUAGUUUAGUUCCUUCCAAGACUAAUUCUAUGUAGCUUGUUCCUCUUUUGUAAAUCGCUUUGGAUAAAAGCGUCUGUUAAAUGCUUAAAUGUAAAUGUUUCUUGUUACAAACAUUUAUGUUCACAAUACCAAACACCUUUGUGAUUGGAGAUGAAUUUAGAAGUAACCAAAAAAAACGGGCAUUAAAAUAACUUUAUUUAACAGGAAAUCAAAGUGUGAGCUGUGUGCGGUCCACAGGCCGUGGGUUUGAGACAUUACCAAAAAAAGCUUUUAUAACAUAUCUCACACCAUAGGAUCAGUGGGAAUAUUUUUUUAAGGAGUACAGAUUAUAGGAAAGAGAUUUUCAAAUGUUUUUAUUCUAAAAGAUCAUGAGUUUGAGCUGACAACAAUCAGCAGCAUUGUGGUUCUGUUUUUCAUCGUAGAAACCAACUCCGGAAAGAAAAAAUCUCGUAAAAAUUGACCCAGAAAGAAAGACAAAUCCGGAACAAAGAAAAAAUAUCUCAUAAAAACAGAUCCCAAAAAAAGAAUCUUGUAAAAACUGACCCGGGUAAAAAAUCUCGUAACAACAAACCCCCAAAAAAAAGUUGUUUCUGAGCAGAUGUUUGGUUUUUUUUACGUUGAUUUGUUUCGUCUGCACAGAUGUUUGUUUUUUUACGUUGAUUUGUUUCGUCUGCCCAGAUGUUUGUUUUUUACGUUGAUUUGUUUCGUCUGCACAGAUGUUUGUUUUUUUACGUUGAUUUGUUUCGUCUGCACAGACGUUUGUUUUUUACGUUGAUUUGUUUCGUCUGCCCAGAUGUUUGUUUUUUUACGUUGAUUUGUUUCGUCUGCACAGACGUUUGUUUUUUACGUUGAUUUGUUUCGUCUGCACAGAUGUUCGUUUUUACGUUGAUUUGUUUCUACUGCACACAUGUUUGUUUUUUUACGUUGAUUUGUUUCAUCGUCUGCACAGAUGUUUGUUUUUUACGUUGAAUUGUUUCGUCUGCACAGAUGUUUGUUUUUUACGUUGAUUUGUUUCAUCUGCACAGAUGUUUGUUUUUUUACGUUGAUUUGUUUCAUCGUCUGCACACAUGUUUGUUUUUUUACGUUGAUUUGUUUCAUCUGCACAGAUGUUUGUUUUUUUACGUUGAUUUGUUUCAUCUGCACAGAUGUUUGUUUUUUACGUUGAUUUGUUUCGUCUGCACAGAUGUUUGUUUUUUUACGUUGAUUUGUUUCAUCUGCACAGAUGUUUGGUUUUUUUACGUUGAUUUGUUUCAUCGUCUGCACAGAUGUUUGUUUUUUACGUUGAUUUGUUUGAUCUGCACAGAUGUUUGUUUUUACGUUGAUUUGUUUCAUCUGCACAGAUGUUUGUUUUUUACGUUGAUUGGUUUCAUCUGCACAGAUGCUUGUUUUUACGUUGAUUUGUUUCAUCUGCACAGAUGUUUGGUUUUUUUACGUUGAUUUGUUUCAUAGUCUCCACAGAUGUUUGUUUUUUUACGUUGAUUUGUUUCAUCUGCACAGAUGUUUGUUUUUACGUUGAUUUGUUUCAUCUGCACAGAUGUAUGGUUUUUUUACGUUGAUUUGUUUCAUCGUCUGCACAGAUGUUUGUUUUUUACGUUGAUUUGUUCGUCUGCACAGAUGUUUGUUUUUUACGUUGAUUUGUUCGUCUGCACAGAUGUUUUACGACGAUGUAUUGUCUUAAAAGAUCCACUGUGUAGAAUUCAGGGGUGAAAACAGAUUUUCUUCAGACCGCCCUCUCUACAUCUGGUUUUAACUCAUGUUUCCGGCAUCUACGUCAACAUCUCAUUCCUAUCCAGUCACAUUUGUUUUCAAUUAUUUUUUUUUAUUAUUUUUUUGUUCCUUCAUGUGGUGCAUAUAUCGCCACAAGGUGGCAGCAGCAGUGACUUGCGAUGGAAUUUGCGAUGUUCCCUGAAGACAUGUCGUUGCUUUCGUUAACUUGUGAUGGAGAUUUGCUGUUAAACCGAAUUCGAGUUUAAAAUUAUGUUGACCAAAUUAUUAUUUUUUUUUUUAUCCCUCAUUUCGACGUGCGCCUUCAGCCUCUGAUGUUGUUUAAAUCUACAUACUGGUCCUUUAACGACACAUGAAAUGCGUCUGCACUCGUAAGGAAUAUUGUUGUUAUCGUAAACGUGCCAACAUUUUCUUGAAUUUGCACUGUGAAUGAAUGGAUCCUCUUACAGGGGAUGAAUGAAUGAAUGUUGAAACAUUAGAUUUAGUUUCUUCAGAAAUGUUAUGGAAGAGUUCACAUUUGCUGAAAGGAGGAAAUGCUUAUGCUUUAUAGCCUUGAAUCUCACGUUGGCUCCAUUUAUGACCAAAAGAAAAAUAUUUAUGUUAAUUGUAUAAA